AUCUGAACAAAGAGGGCAGGACAACAAUCACACCAUUAAACACGACCAUUUAGCAUCUCAGCUCCAAACGUUUUCUAUUUUCCUUUCUCUCUGUUGUAGAAGAAAAGCAGAUCAAGUAUGAUAUGUCCUUGAUAAACCAAGUUCACUUUUUAAUGCAGGUAAAGACAAAGUGAUUAGAACAGUGGAUGCUCUUAUCACGGGUCCACUUUGUUCUCGGGAAAGGAUCUUUAAGCCCAUAUCAGUCACAUGAUUGGAGAUUAAAAUAGUCUAAUCUUACCUUCACCAGCUACUUGUGUCCCAGAAGAAGAAGAGAAGAAAAAAGAAAACACCAUUCCACAAAAGACACAAGCUUUGUGAGAAAAUAACUCUCACGGUUUCUUUUUUUUUCUUCUUAUUUUAGGAAGGGUGUUUUGUGUAUUUAGAAACACAAAAUCUUUGCCUGUUGUCAGUGUUUUCUCUGUGUUCUAGGGCUAGGUCAUAAACCCAAAGUGAAGCUUUAUCUCUCUUUUGUGCAAGAAAAUCUUGAUAAAGUUGGUAACUUUUGCUGAAACUUUUACUAUAUCUCUCUGAUUUUCUAAUUGUGGAUUCUCCUUCAGAGUGAUUUUUGGAAUUGGGUCCAGUUUUUUCAGAAGACUUUUCAUUGAUUUAGCUUUCAAUGAUUGUCUUGUGGGAGAGUUUCCAUGUGCAUAGGGGAGAAUCUUGUACUUGAAAUUGAUGGCACUACUUUUGAUUGAUACCCUCUUUUAAGUCAAGUCUCCAUUGAUAGUGAAGCUGUUUAUAUCAUAAUUCUAAUAGCAUUUCUGAUCUCAUCCUUAAGAAAAAGCUCUUAUAAUAUUCAAAAUUGGGAAUACAACAGUCUGAUGCUUCUCUUCUCAUGUUCUUGGAUGGGUUUUUGAUAAUGUUUCUGCAUCUUUUUUUUCUUUCCAAGAUUGGCGUUUUAACAUACUGAGGAAGGUACUGGUAAGUCACUGGACUUUGCUCGUGUCCUUUUCAUCUUCAAGAGGCCUAUGGGUUUAGAUAUGGAAGAUGAUGGUGGCAGCGAUGGGGGAGAAGGAAAUGGUGGGUUUUCACCUAAUUCUAGCUUUGGGGCAUUCCCUGAGACGGCCAUGGAUUUGGAUUUCAUGGAUGAGCUCUUGUUUGAUGGAUGUUGGCUAGAGACAACAGAUAGUAAGAGCUUGAAGGAGACAGAAGAAGGUGCUUCAGAUUCUACCGCCAUGAAUGCCAAUAGCCCUUUCCUCUGCUUUGGUGAGAACCCAUCUCAAGAUAACUUCUCCAAUGAAGAAACAGAGAGAAUGAAUCAAGAAGGUCUUGAUCAAGCAGAAAAGUUUCUACUAGAUGAAGCUGAGGUGGGAAGAAGUUGGUGGAUUGCCCCAAGAACAAGAGAAGACCCUUCUUCAUCAGUGAAGGAGAGGCUAUUAAGAGCCAUAAGCGGUCUUGAAGAGGCAGUGCCUGAUAAGGACUUCUUGGUGCAGAUAUGGGUGCCCUUUCAGCAGGAAGGAAAGAACUUUCUAACCACUUUGGCGCAACCACAUUUAUUCAACCAAAAAUACACAAGCCUUGCAAAAUACAGACAUGUUUCAGAGAAUUAUAACUUCCCGGCUGAUGAGGGUUCGACGGAAGGAGGUCUUCCCGGUCGCGUUUUCCUGCAGAAAUUUCCUGAGUGGACUCCUGAUGUACGUUUCUUUAGAAGUGAUGAGUAUCCGCGCAUCAAAGAAGCACAAAAGUGUGAUGUUCGUGGCUCGCUUGCCCUUCCUGUGUUUGAAAGAUGCAGUGGGACUUGUUUGGGUGUUGUUGAGGUCGUCACAACAACUCAGAAGAUGAAUUACCGUCCAGAACUUGAGAAUAUCUGUAAAGCUCUUGAGGCCGUUGAUUUAAGGAGUUCAAGUAACUUAAAACCUCCAAGCAAUGAGGUGUACAAUGAUUUCUACUACGCUGCAUUACCUGAGAUAUCAGAUUUCUUGGCGUCAGUCUGCAGAAGAUAUGAUCUGCCUCUAGCUUUGUCAUGGGCCCCUUGUGCUCAGCAGGGGAAAGGUGGAUCCCGGCAUUCUGAUGAGAACUUUUCUCAGUGCGUUUCGACAAUUGAUUCUGCUUGCUUUGUCCUGGAUGAAGAGAGCAAAUACUUUCUGGAGGCAUGCUCUGAGCAUCAUCUUCUCCAGGGAGAAGGCAUUGUUGGGAAAGCAUUCAAGGCAACCAAACUGUGUUUUGUCCCUGAAGUGAUCACGUUUAGCAAGACCAACUACCCUCUUGCGCACCACGCCAAGAUAUCUGGACUACACGCUGCUUUAGCAGUCCCGUUAAAGAGCAAAAGCAACGGGUUGGUCGAUUUUGUGCUUGAAUUCUUCUUUCCAAAAGGGUGCCUUGACACUGAAGCAAAACAGGAAAUGCUCAAGUCACUGUCCGUGACUCUGCAGCAGGAUUUCAGGAGUUCAAAUCUUGUCAUCGACAAAGAUCUGGAGUUAGAAGUGGUAUUGCCUGUUAGAGAGGACAUGGUUUUGUUAGAGAACCCACUGACUGGAGCAGAAACUGCAGAGGCUUUGAGAGAAAUCCAUCUGCUGCAAGAGUCCUCAUGGAUCUCCCACAUGAUAAAGGCUAACGAGAAGGGUAAAGAUGUGUCACUUUCUUGGGAGUACCAGAAUGAAGAUCCAAAAGAUGAGUUCAAGCUCUCACCUGGCUGGAACAACAGUCAGCUUGAUCCAGCCCCCAAUAAUAUUCCUUCAGAAGCUGAGCAGUUUCAACAAGGUUCAACUUCAGGACUCAGAGUUGAUGCUGGUCCAAGUACUGAAUCAGCUUCCACUGGUGGUAGAAGACCAGGAGAAAAGAGAAGAACGAAAACAGAAAAGACCAUUGGGUUGGAUGUUCUUCGUCAAUACUUUGCAGGAAGCCUCAAGGAUGCAGCCAAGAGCAUUGGUGUUUGUCCAACUACCUUGAAAAGGAUAUGCAGGCACCAUGGAAUAACAAGAUGGCCCUCCCGGAAAAUCAAGAAGGUUGGGCAUUCGUUGAAGAAACUCCAACUCGUUAUGGACUCUGUGCAAGGUGCGCAGGGAUCUAUCCCACUCGAUUCAUUCUAUACAAGCUUCCCAGAGUUGAGCUCCCCAAAUAUCUCCAGCAAUGGAUCUUCCUUGAAAAAUAAUGAACAGUUACAUCAUUUGAGUGUUCCAAUCGAAAACGGUGGUGUGGCAGAGGAUAAACCAGCACAAAUGUCUCCAUCAUCUUCUGGCUCUGGAUCAAAUACCAAUACACCAAAUGCUAAUGGGGUCUUGAAGGAAGCUCAAAACGAGGUGGAACUGCAGAAUGGGAAUCAGGAGGAAACAAAAUGUCUAGCAAGAACCCAGAGCCAUAAUAUAUUCAAGGAGCCUCCAUUACCAGGUAGUAGCAAGAUGAGCUUAAGAGAUGGAGGGGGAAUUAAAGUGAAAGCAACAUUUGGUGAGGCCAUAAUAAGGUUUACCUUGCUCCCAAGCUGGGGAUACAGAGAGCUGCAGCAAGAGAUUGCUAGGCGUUUCAACAUAGUUGACGUUUCCUGGUUUGAUCUCAAGUACUUGGAUGAUGAUGAAGAGUGGGUUCUUCUGACAUGUGAAGCGGACCUUGAAGAAUGCAUUGACAUAUAUAGAUCGUCACAGAGCCAAACAAUUAAAAUAAGUUUGCACGACCCUUUUCAAGUUAAACUGGGAGGUUCUUUUGGUAGCUCUGGUCCAUCCUAAUAAACAAUCAAAAGCAAGGUUGUAACAUACAAAGCACCAGGAAGAUUGUGCUAAUCUACUAGCUGUUUAAAAAUCUCAUGUGUAAACAUAUUUCCAGUGCCCUGAAGACCAUUUUGCAAGUGGCAGUAGUAACUGGUCUCCUGCAUUGCCUGCAGAUUUUUGUGUAUAGGCGUUGCCGUUGCAUACAGAAACUUGUAUUUUAUGCCUGUACAAUCAUUUCUUAUCUUGUUUCUUAAGCUCUGUAACUGCGCAGAGUGAAUCAUUAUGUGUUUUUCACUUAUUUAAUGUCUGAUUUCAUGAUUA